UCUCGGUGUGUUUGUUGUUGUUGUUGUUGUUUUGAUUUACUUGUUUGUGUGAAUUUAAUUUUAAUUUGUUCUUUAUUUUAAUUGUCUUUUUUUUUAUUUCAUUAGAUUUCUGUGUAAUCAUGGUUGUGAUUUUGAUUGUAUAAACGGAAACCCAAGGGUUGGGGUUAGAAAUAUUCAAAUGUCAAGUUGGUUUGAUUUCUUUUGAUUUUGAUUGAAUAGAAGAAGAAAAAAAAUCACAAAAUGACAACGGUGAAAAUUUCGGUUUUCAUUUAUGAAAAUGGAGAAAUUAUUGAUAGAACAAUUGAUAAAUUGAUUGGACCAUCACUUGAAUUUACUGAAGAUUUGAUUGUUGAAAUUUGCCGAGAACGUAAUAUUGGUCCAAUUGCCCGUCAUCUCUUUUCACUUUACUGUCCAAAAAUGAACCUUUGGUUAGCGAUGAAUCAAAAACUGACAGAACUUGAUUAUAACUGUAAAUUUUUACAAUUAAGAAUAAGGUAUAAACCUUACGAUCUCAGGAAACUAAUUAUUCUUGAUGAAAAUGCCUUCAAUUAUUACUAUUGUCAAGUGAGAGAUGUUUUCAGAAAUUCAAAGAUUGAAGAUACUGGUCAAUUGUUUGGUUUAAUUAUCACCGAUUUAUUGAUUUACCUGCUGGAGAGAAAGAUACCUGUGGAAAAUGCUCUUAAUCACAUUAAAUCAUUGAGAGAUUUUGUUCCAACACCUUAUAAAGCUGAAUCAAAAUUCUUGAAGGAAUUGAAAGGAGCUCAGAUUUUACAUACGCUCGCAAUGGCGAGUCACGCAGCGUCCAACAACGAUGGACUCGGUAAAAGUCAAUUCGUUAAGAAAGAAUUUAUCUAUGAGAUUGUUAAUUACGAUAAAACGAUAAUCAAAGAUCUUGGAUACGAGAAUUUCACAAUUUACAAAGCAAGUCGAUUUGAAAAAGCAAACGGGAUGCCAGGAACCAAUGAAUUUCUCCUUCAGAUCAGGCCAUUUCAAUCGGUAGACAUUUUCACCGCUCAAAAAGCUAAUCAACCGGAUUGGAAUUUUUUCUGUACAAUUGCCGAUAUUUGUUUCAUUAUUGUUCAAGAUCAUGGGGUUGAGAUAUCACGGAAAAAUGGAACACCCGUUUUCUUUGCCAUUUCCGAUAAAAUGAUUCUUAAAUCAUUAUUAUCCCUUUUGGAAGGUUAUCAUAGACUAAUCACCGGAGAUUCAAUAUGUAUCUGUGAAUAUGUUAUGCCUCCGUCGAUUUUACAAUUUAAAGAGAUUCGUUGUCAUGGUCCGAUCAGUUUAAACGACUCACUGGCCAUUUUUCUUGACAAAAGUCAAUGUAAUAUUGGUAAUUUUUUAAUUCGUCACGAUGAGAAACGUUACGAAUAUGUGGUUGACGUUUGGGUUGGGCCAGGAAUUAAGUUUCAAAUCGUCAAGAAAAUGGACAAACUAAUAGUAUUAGAUCAAGAUGAACAUUUAGCGACCUUUUCUACAUUUGAUUCGCUCAAAAAAGAGCUCAAAAUUUCCUUCGACACCAAUGGUUGCAUCGAAUUGAAAACUUGUAUUCCACCCUUAGGAUCUAACAUAUUCAAAUGGUGUAUUUUAUGCUGUGAUGCAGUUAAACAGGAGAAACUUGAAACACCCGAAAGUAUUAUCGUUAAACUAAAUUUCAACAAUUACUUAACCAAAGAUAAUCGAUUGGAAACAAUCAAAGAUAAAUCGUUUCGUUACUAUUUGAUUAACGAUGGCGACGACAAGUUACUUUGUAAAGUGCCUACGAUAGACCAACGAGUAACUCAUUUUCUCGAGCAAUUAGAUUAUUGGAGUAGUUUAACUUCCGAUUUAAUUACACGAACUCGAUUCAUCUCAAUUCGUCCUCCUGCUUUCGUUCGUGAUUAUUUUCCAUCAGGACCUUUGGAUGAGUUUCUCCGUCGAAAUCAUUCAGAAAUAAAAACCUAUGAGUUAAUUGAAUGUGCCAUGUAUUUAACUCGAGCUUUAUGUUAUCUCCACGAGAUUGGAUUAACUCAUGGGAUGAUUAGAUGUCGAGCUUUAUUGGUCGUCGAAAGGUCAAACAGAAGAUUCCAAGUGAGACUCGGUGAUCCUUUUAUUCACCUUGAUGAAAAUGGAGAUAGACUUUGGAUACCCAAGGAAUAUUCAUCUAGUUCAGAAUCGCUUCCAUUAUCUGUUGAUAUUUUCGCAUGUGCCACAACCUUAUGGGAGAUAUUCAGUCUUGGUCAAAGGCCUCCAGGCACCGAUGUUUAUAAUUUACCUCGUCCACUGUCUUGUCCAUCACCUAUUUGGCAAUUGAUUCACAAUUGCUGGCAACCCGAUCCCGAACAGAGGAAACACCCAAUGGAAAUGCACCGAGAUAUUCGUGAACUUUUCCUCCGUGAAUAUCAACUCAGAGGCUCAGGUUCGCCUUCACAUUACGCUUAUAUUGAAGAAAGUGAGCACAAAAAGAGGUCGAGUUUAUCUAAAUUUCUUAAUAAGUUGACCACCAAUUACCGAGUAUCAUCAGAAUAUGAUUACCGAUUGGAGGAAGAUGAUGAAUGUAGUGUUGAUUACGAGUAUGACACUGAUUUGCCUUGGGUCAUUCCGGUUAAUCAUCUUCAAAUAGCGACUUGUAAUGGUCGAGAAGCCAUUUUGGGAACAGGGGCUUAUGGUGAAGUCUUGAAAGCUCGGUAUCCUGCUGAUUCGGAUAAUUUUGUGGCCGUUAAGCGAAUUAACCGACGAGCAAAGGAACGUAAUGGUCAAAGAAUCAUCACUGAUGUUGAACGUGAAUUCCAAAUAAUGACCAAAGUAUUUCAUCCAAACAUCGUCAGCAUUAUUGGAAUAGUUAAAGAUCCUGAGAUAAUGUUAGUCAUGGAAUUCAUGGAACUUGGAUCUUUGGCCAAAUUUCUUCGUAAACUGGAACCUAAUGAAUUGAAAUCGAUACCAUUUCAAAAAUAUGCUCAUGACAUUGUCUCUGGAAUGGAAUAUCUUGAAAAAAUGAGAAUCGUACAUAGAGAUCUUGCCGCUCGAAAUAUACUCAUGUCCUCGACUGACACUGUAAAGAUAUCAGAUUUUGGUUUAGCUCAAUCACUUGGACCAGGAGAGGAUGUUUAUUUUGUCAACCCUCGUUAUUUGCCAUUUAAAUGGUACGCACCCGAAUCGAUCAGAAAUGAUCCCAUUUUUACUCAUAAAUCUGAUGUCUGGAGCUUUGGUGUCACUUUAUGGGAACUUUUUAGUCUUGGUGCUAUUCCAGAUUAUCCAGUUACUAAUAAGAAUUCAAUUGUUGAUUUAAUUAAAUUUCUAGAAGGAGGAGGAACUCUAAGCAAACCUGACAAAGGAAUUCCUAAAACCGAUAAAUUCUGGACAAUUAUGGUUAAUUGUUGGAAAAUCAGCUCAUCAGAACGUCCUAAUUUCACUCAACUACAAAACGAAAUCAAUAAAAUCUGUAAAGAAAUUUAAUUGAAAAAGUUAAUUGUCCAAUAAUUUUCACCAAAUUACCUUAAAUGUACAAAAUUCAAUAAAAUUAAAUAAUUUAUUUUCAACUAUUA